AUGGAUUUAGAAGAUACAGUGGAAGAAAAAACAUACUCCUGUUCUAACUGCAACAAAGAAUUUAAAACAUUGAUUCUUUUUAAUAGGCACAAAAAAACUCAUAACUUGACUUGUGAGAAAUGCAACAAGACUUACAAAACUUUUAGUCAACUAAGACAGCACAAUAAGCAAAAACAUCCAAAGUUAAAGUUUUACAAAUGCAAAGUAUGUCCCGACCUUACAUUUAAUGUCGAAAAAGAAUACCUUUUACAUUUGCGAAAUGAUCACGAGGGCAAAAUUAUAGAAAGUCACAUGUGCAACGUUUGCGGGAAGACUUUCAGGACUAGUUCUGAGCUGACGCUGCACAUCAGAUCCAAAUGUGGAACAGAAAAACAAUUUAUUUGCAAGGAAUGUGGCCAAAGACUUAUGUCCCCCGGAUCCUUGUACACACAUUUGAAAAGACAUAAAGGAGAAAAUAGUUUUAUGUGUCGAUUUUGUGCUAAACUAUUUCUUACCUCUGGUCAGCUGAAAGUCCACGAACGAAUUCAUACUCAGCAGAAAGUGUUCGUUUGUGAUGUAUGUGGAAAAGGCUUUUGCCAUCGUCAAAGCUUAAUCACACACAUAUCUGUACAUACCGGAAUUAAACCUUAUCAAUGUGAGGGUUGUGGAAAAUCUUUUAGUUGCGUAGGCAACUUGCUUAAACAUCGAAGAACACACUCUGACUCUUGCGGAGCUAUACCAAUGACUAGUCACAGAGUACAGAAUCCAUCAACGAAAAUCAAAGUACGAAUAAACACACCAGCUUCGUCGAAACUAAAAAGAAUGCAGAUGAAAAAAGAACUCGAACAAAAAUUCGCUACAUUGGAUAAAGAAAAUAGCAAGGAAAUUAAAAAUGAGAAUAGCAAAAAUGAAGAAUGUAUCGUAGAAGAAACUUUAAAAGUAAAAUUGAAAGAAGAUGAUUACAUUGAAGAAGAGGAGGAAGAAGAAGAUUCUGAUUAUAUACCAGAUGGUGAUAAUACUAGUGAGAGCAGUCCGGAAAUCUCAGCAAAGGAAGAAAAGAAUGAUCUAUUUGAAGAACAAAAACAAACAAAUCGACGAAAACGACGUACUAUAUCGACCCAAGUUGAAGAAUUUGAAAAUUUCAUCAAAACGAGGAAACUAAGCAAGGGCAAGACAGCAACGUGCAAGUAUUGCAAGAAAGAAUACAGCAAUUUUAAAUGGUUAUUCAAACACGAACAAGAACAUAUUGAUUUUGAUGUUAAAGACGAAGAACUUGUAUUACAUAAAUGUAGCGUUUGUAGAAAAGGAUUUGAGACCGAUUUUAAACUUAAACAACAUCAAGAAGAAGAACACGUGCGUGAACUAAAUAGUUCUUGGGCAUCUUGUCUACAGAAUGGCCUACAAGAUAAUGAAAAGCGAGAUCUUCUUAAGCGCCAUUCUAUGUCCGAAUUCAUCAAAAAAUUCUCCUUGCAGCUUCACAAUAACGAUAGUCUUCUGAACGCCAUUCAAAAUCAAAUUUGUUCCGGUCUAACGGCCAUAGAUAAGUUUAUAAAUAAAAUGAAAGACAAAGAAGAUAAUGAUAUAACGGAUAUUUUGGAUACUGCUAAAAUAUUCGCGGAUCUCUAUUACGUUGUUUCUAAUAGCAACGUGGAUAAUAAAAGUACCUAA